CGGCAGAGCCCACAUAAAUGCACUAUUUGACUUUCUCCCUUCAGACGGCGCACAUAAACAAACCCGCGUUGCAACUCCACACUUUGCUAAGCACCCAUCAGCACUGACACGCUCACGGGAACGGACGAAGACACACUCCUUAUAUCCGGGAGUUUUUCUUUCUUUCUUUUUUUAAAUUCCGUUUCACAUGUUUUCUACUUUAAGUUAGAAGAAGAAACUUUUUGCCGCCGAUGCAUCCUGAUCCUCCGCAAUAUUAGCUGUACUUUUUUUCUACAUAUUUGUCUUUAUUAUUCCGACUCUUGGUGAUUAUUCUGGAUGAAAAUGGGAUACUUGAUGCGAGGUUGUUACCACAUGUAAAGACGGAACCUUUACAGCAAACCAGUUCGGAAGAGCGAGUCCGGCCGAGCUUUCAGCACCGGCGAUCGGACGUUUCCUUCGCGACGCCCGCCGAUUCCUCCCCGCUGCAGGAGCCCUGUCACGGCCGCGGCCACGCGCGCCCUCACCUCCGGACACUCAGCACCAUUCAGCGCGAGGCUCCUUCACCAGAUCUAUGGCAUUCUGACAAUGAACAAGCGCGCUCAGUUAUUGGAACAGCUGCAGUUUGUCCAGUUGAAAUGCACACCUCGAGAGAUGCCCUGUGUGCAGGCUCAAUACGGGCCCGCCCCUCCAGGCUCCGCCUACUCUGGCCAGUCCUUCAGUUACCAGGGAGACAGCUAUAGCUCUGACCUCAUGACCCCUGACUACACCAAGCUGGACCUGGGUGGCGGUGAGAUCUCUGCCGCCGCCACCACCUCCCUACCCAGCUUUAAUGUCUUUGUGGAGGGGAGCUAUGAGCCCAAGUCCUCCUGCCUUUACCAGAUGCCCACACACAGGCCCAUCAAAAAGGAGGAGGAGAGCUAUCCGACUGCUCCGCCACUGGAGGCCAUGUCGUCCUCCACUAUGUACUUUAAACAGUCUCCCCCAUCCACACCCACCACCCCGUCCAUGCCCCCCCAGCCCGGCACGUCAUUCCUGUGGGAGGAGCACCACCUGGCCCCUCCUUCGCACCCGCACUCUCUGGGUUCCGGCCUGGAGACGGGCCCCCUCAAGUCGCCCCGCUUUCAGCACUUCUACCAGCACUCGCCUCCCCACAGCGGGGGCAGCGUCGGCGGUUACGACAGCCUGGCUGGAGGACUGGUUCGCACCUCGUCCUCGUCCUCGUCCUCGUCCUCCUCUGUCUCCCAUCCUCACUGUCCGCCCCUGGAGCAGCCCAUGUACCAGCUGCACCGCGGGGCCGGGGGAGGCAGCCUCGCCUUCCGCUCCCUGGCUCUUGGGCCCUGUGGCCCCCUACUAGGAGACAGCCUGCCAUCGCCUCCGCCACGGGGACCCCAAGGGGAGGGCACCUGUGCGGUGUGUGGGGACAAUGCAGCCUGCCAGCACUACGGCGUGCGCACUUGUGAGGGCUGCAAGGGCUUCUUCAAGCGCACCGUGCAGAAAAACGCCAAGUACGUGUGUCUGGCCAGUAAGAACUGUCCUGUGGACAAGAGGAGACGCAACCGCUGCCAAUACUGCCGCUUCCAGAAGUGUCUGAGUGUGGGCAUGGUGAAGGAAGUGGUUCGUACUGAUAGCUUGAAGGGGCGCCGAGGCCGUCUGCCUUCCAAACCAAAGAGCCCCCUUCAGACAGAAGCGUCUCCUCCUUCUCCGCCCCUCAGCUUGCUCUCCGCUCUCGUCAGGGCUUAUUCUCACUGCACCCCUCGGGACCUCGACUACAGCCAGUUCAGCGCUGCCGACCCUCCCUCCUCCUCCUCAGAUGCCGAGCACAUCCAUCUCUUCUACAGGCUGCUCACCAUCUCAAUGGAAACCACACGAUGCUGGGCAGAGCGGCUUCCCGGGUUCUCCGAGCUUCAGCGUGACGAUCAGAACCUGCUCAUUGACUCUGCUUUCCUGGAGCUGUUUGUCCUGCGAUUGGCUCACAGGUCGAUGUUGUCGGAGGAUAAACUAGUGUUCUGUAAUGGCUUGGUGCUGCACAGGUUCCAGUGCCUUCGUGGGUUCGGAGAGUGGCUGGACUCCGUCCGGGACUUCUCCACCCACCUCCAGAGCCUAAACCUGGACGCCUCCGCCUUUGCCUGCCUGGCCGCCCUUGUACUGCUCACAGAGCAAGUACCAGGUCUGAAGGACUCGAAGCGGGUCGAGGAGCUGCAGAACAGAGUCAUUUGUUGUCUCAGAGACCACCUGGGUUGCAGCCCCGCUUCCUCCUCGUCCAAGCCCGCGACCCCUCUGAGCCGUGUUCUGGGUCUAAGAGCAGAGCUCCGCUCCCAGAGGACCCAGGGCCUUCAACGAAUCUUCUACCUGAAGCUGGAGGACCUGGUGCAGCCCCCUCCGUUGAUUGACAGGUUCCUGGACACUCUGCCCUACUGACGGGUGGGAUGACCGCACAGAGAAACAACCCACGUCACGUUCUGUUCCGGCCCCCCUUCCCCCCCUCCCGACCUCUCAUGGAGCACGCACACACAUUUGGAGAGACUCUCGGUCCACUCUGACUGUACAGAGCAGAGAGACGAGCAAACGCUCUGCACUCAACAGCUGACUACAGCCGACGGAGCGCUUUUCACCUGUUUAAAAGACGAUCACAACAAGCGCUUCACCACUUUUUCUUCGAUCCUCCGUUUUUUUUCUCAUGUGGGGGAGGAGGACGAGGUUGGGAUGGACAGAAAGAUGACUGUCCUCUUCCAGCAAAAAAGAAAGACGGUUUAUGAAUACUGUUUACCUGUGUUUUUGCCUGACAUCCAAUAUGAGGACUCCUUUUUAAUAGAGAGGGAGGGGCGGGCCCAGUGAAACACAAGUUACUGUGUAUUCUAAAUCCUCCUGCUGAAAUUCGGAAGGGGGCUUUUUUUUAUACUAAAAAUGUCCUGAAAUGGCAGAGAUCAUCCAACAAAGCAGACAGAUAUUUCUUAAACACAUGGAAGUGGUUGUUGAGUUGGGCUCGUGAUUCCAAGUGCAAUUUCUUAAGUGCUGUCUCGCCGCAAAAGGAAUAAGUGGAGAAUUAAUGGUUUAAUUUCAAACUCUAAAUUAUUUCAACUGAAAGACUUGUACUAUCAGCAGCUAAACAAAAAGAGACAGUCCACGCUUUAGACAGCAGAGGAGAUGUUGUGCACUAACGAUUGAUGACUGAGUCGCCCAGACUUGAACUCGCUCUAGUAUGUUUUUUUCUUGUUUUUUUAAAUUAACUCAUUUUUAAAUCAUAGGUCAUGAAGAAGAAUGGAGGAAUAAACGUGGACAAAAAUUGGCUUUUGAAGCACUUACACCCUGACAAGGGCUAGAAGCACAGACACACACCCUACCUGCUCCUCUGGAGGGUGGCGGCGAGUCGGGGAGAGUAGGGUGCUCGACAGCUGUAUGUCCAGGGAUGAAACAUUCCGCAGUCAUGCUCUUUUUCUAUUUGUUUUUAUGUGGAGGCCGUGUGAGAGUGCGGAUGGAUUAGUUGCAUACUGUCUUUGUGUGUACGCUUAGAGGAGGAUCAUAUGCAUGGUGUGUUAUAAGCUGUCAGGAGCGGCCAUAGCCUGUCAAAACAGCUGUGUUUGUGUCUCAGACUGUUGGUCUUUGGGGAUCUCCCCGGGCCCCCACCACCCACUCACAGUCACGGCGGCAGUUUAAAAUAUGAAAAAAGCAAAUUAUAUAGAUAUAAAUAUGAAUAUAUAUAUAUAUAUACAAAACUAAUAUUUUGAAGUGUUUUUAGCUUUUUCAAAUAUUGUGGUACGAGUUGUGCGUUGUUUUUUGAAGAAGAGAAAACAAAAAAAGAAAAAAAAGUUGGUGUUUUUCAAUGUCCCUCUUUGGUUUGCGUUUGAUUCUUAUUUUCUUUCUCUUUGGUUCACUGGAUUUUCUGUUCAGCACUUUGAAAUCAUAAACUAGUUCUGAUUAUUCUGCCAAA